AUGUCAAUAUCCGAGAAAAAGAGGUGCAGGAAACAAAACUGGUCUGUCAGUGAACAAACUUUACUGGUGGAACUGGUAGAGGCAGACCGCAGUACCAUCAAAAACAAGCACACAUCAAGCUUGGACAACAAGAUUAGCAGUAAAAUCACUGCUGUUGGAGCAGCUCGCAGAACCCAUGAAGAGUGCAAAGAGAAAUGGAGGCAGCUGGUGACUGCGGUCAAGAAAGCACACUGUGGCAUACACAGCCACAGUGCCAAGACUGGGGGUGGAGCUCCUGCUCUAUCGCUAGAUGCCACAACCCAGAAAAUCAUAGAGAUGCACAAGGACGACCCCGCCUUCAAUGGUGUAUCUGACGGGUUCAAGACAACACUGGCAGCUUAUGACUCCCGUUAUAUCAAAAUAAGUAAUAAUAAUUACUAA